UCCCUCCCUCCCUCCUUGUGGCUUUGAGAGCAGCCAUGGAGGCGGCUGGGAUGCAGCUGCCAAGCAGCAGGAGGAAGGAUGGCGCAGGUGAAGUGGACACCUCCAACACGGAACUGAACGAGGAGGAAGAGGAGGAUGAAGAGGACGAGGAGGAGGAGGAGGAGGAGGAAGAGGAGGCGGAAGGGGAGGGAGUGCCGGUCAAGAACCUGGGCUCUUUGGACGACGAUGACGAAGACAAGGCGUCGGACCUCUCCGACCAAGAGCUGGACCAGAACCUCAGAGCUCAGGUGCUCCAACUGUUGGACGAACUGGAGGAGGCCAGAGAGACGGCUCUCAAACAUGAGGACGACUCCUUGGAGUUGCAAGGCUUGCUGGAAGACGAGCGACUGGCCAGCGCUCAGCAAGCGGAGAUCUUCACAAAGCAGAUCCAGAGGCUCCAAGCUCAGAUGCGUUCUCUGAAGGAUGAGUUCGAUUCCCUGCAAGAAGUCAAGGAUGUUGAGCUGGAACGCGUUGAACGGGAGCUACGGGAAGCCAAUGAGGAGAUCCACAACCUGCGCUUGGAUGCUGAAGAGGCCGCCGCUUUGCACGAAAAUGAAAUCGCCGGCCUGCAAGAGGAGCUUUGCCGGCUGAAAGCGGAGUUGGACCGUGUGCAGCUGGUCCGGAAUGAGUAUGACAUGGAAAUCACUGCCCUGAGGGCCGAGAUCAAUAUGAAGAAGUCACCUCCUGGCACGGCAGACAGCCAGUCUGUGUCUGAGGUGGCUCCAACGUCAGAUACGGAAGAGCGCCUUACCACCGCCAGCGAGGAUGUGGCCCAACUACAAGAAGACCUCCAGGCCCUCAGGGCCCAGUACCAGGACCUGAGCGACGAGUACCAGAUCUUGCAGGAGAGCAACAGGAUCAUGGUCCACCAGCUGGAGAGACUGGAAGCCAUCAAAUACAAGACCAGAAGCAAGUCGGACGACUCGCAGGACUCGGAUUCGGAGCCGGAGUUGGUCGAACCCAACACCCGCCGGGUCUCCAUUGCCCGGAGGAACACCCUGCGCGCGGGCGCCAGCGUCUCCUUCAAGUCGGCGGAGAUCGUGGGUACCAGCAGCAUGGAGGGCGAUGACAAGAUGGACAAGCUGGAGGAGGAGAGCGAGUACGACCUGCAGUGCCAGCUGGAGGAGGAGGAGGAGAAGGUGGAGCUGGUGCAGGCGCAAUGCGACCAGGCUCAGCACACUCUCCGCGAAAUGGAGUCCAAGUGCCGGCGCAGCAAGACCGAGUGGGAGCAGUUGCACGAGGAGCUGCGGCUCUGCAAAGAAGAGAUCGAGCGGCUCAAUGGCACCAUCCCCAUUGGCGGACGGGUCCCAGCCGGAGGGAUGAAGCCCUUUGCCCUCUUUGUCGUCUUGGCCGGGGCCUUGUUCCUGUAUCCCUGCCUGAAGAGAUGCAGCCCCAGUUGAAUGGGGGGGGGGAGCCUCCGUGGCCGCCCGUCGCGGAGAGGACCGCACACACACACCACGCCGCACCCCCCUUUCCCCACCCCCUUUCCCCGUGAGAGCCACGCACCUUCUCUUCCCCUGGUAUUGAGGCCCUCUUGACCUUCGGAGGAUGGCCGCCACAAUGGCCUCUUGUAGCAAACACCCUCUCCUUCCAGUAUUUACUUGAGGAGGGGGACCAAAUGGGAAGGAAGGAUGAGGUGGCAUUGGAGCUGUACGCCCAGGCUCCUCAUCCUUUAUGCCCAUAGGAAACGGGUCCCAUCCUCAAAGUUUUAAUGCUCUGAAAGCAUUGCCUCAUGCUCAGACUGGGGCAAGAUGCAUGAAGAAGGAGGGACCAAUUUGGGGCCCAAACCCCCUUUUCUAGGGAUUCAAAAGCACAGGAAGUAGCAGUAAACCCCGGUCCAUUGACCCGUGCCUCCUUUUUACCCCCUUUUGGGCCAGAACCUCCUUUCUAGGGAUUCGGAAACUCAGAAAAGAGCAGAAAUCCCUUCCUUUAACCCCAGAUCCCCUUUGGAGUCCAUUCUAUGACAUUUUUUGGGGGGGGGUAUCCAAAGGAGGCCAUCCAGAGCAAUACCUAAUGCAUCGUUCCAAACGCCUCCUCUUUCCAGCCACGGAAGGACCUUUGAGGCAUAACACUGGCAAUAAUUUUGGGGUUUGAACAGCACGCAGGGUGUUUUAGGGUGAGGGAAAGUCCUUGGUGGUCUCCCCAUAUUUUUCUUUGGCAAUAUUUAAGGCCUGUCGUAACACUGUGAAGGGGACCCACCCGCGUGAGCCAACGAGGGGUGCCCCGAAGUGGCCGAAGGAGAACGGAGCUAUACGUGUCCAUCUGCCUUCUCCCUCCA